AUGAGCAAGCGUUUAGCGCAACGUUUUUUAGAGCGGCGUUUCAAGGAAGACAGCGUGUUACACGAGCGAUAUGUAGAUUUUAUGCGUGAUUAUCUCGAGGCGGGGCACAUGUCUAUAGUGACCGACUCGGGUCAAAAUCUCGAACACCCGGUAGUCUAUUUACCACACCACGGAGUAGUCAAGGAGACAAGCUCUACUACUAAACUCCGCGUGGUAUUUGAUGCAUCAAGCAAGACCAGUUCUGGGCCGGGAUUCUCUAAACAGAAUCCCGGCCCUGGAAAAUCUUUAAACGAUGUGCUCCGCGUCGGGACCACAAAUCAGAGUAGCUUGUUUGACAUUAUAAUGCGUUUUAGAUUUCACGACGUUGUAUUGACUGGAGAUAUUAGACAGAUGUACCGACAGGUUCUCGUGCAUCCAGAUGACAGAGACUACCAGCGGAUACUCUGGAGAUUCUCGCAGGACGAACCAGUUAAGGAAUUUCGCCUAAAUACGGUUACAUAUGGUCAGGCGAGUUCUGCGUAUUUAGCGAUCAAGUGCAUACAAAUGCUGGCUGAGGAAGCACGUGCAGACGAUAUAGAGAGCGCUGUAGCAUUGAGAGAGCAGCUUGAGAUGGUGUUACAGCGCGGAGGGUUUAUGGCACACAAAUGGUGCUCUAAUAGCGAAAGGGUAAUGGAUAAGGUGCCAAUUCAUUUGAGAGAGAAUACAAGUAGCAUCCGCAUUGAUGCCGAGGGCACAAUCAAAACAUUGGGCCUGGAGUGGAAUCCCAAGGCCGAUGAGUUUCAAUUCUUCGUAGCAAUGGCGGAGGCAGCUGUCACUAAGCGUGAAGUUCUUUCAGAAAUAAGCAAAUUCUUUGACCCGCAUGGUCUGAUUGGGCCGGUACUGACGGCAGCCAAGUUGAUUAUGCGGCAGGCCUGA